AUGACGAUUUUGAUGACUCUCCUAGAAACCUCUCACCAGGACCCAAAUGGGAAUUUUGGCUUUUCUUUUCAGGAUCAGCUCUGCAGGUGCCUGGAGACUCUGAAGGAGGAGAAGGCAAAAAUUCAGGCGAAUGAAGCAAUCACAAGAAAAGAAAGUGAAGCCAUGCUUAGAAAAAUUAUAUCAGAUAGGCAGAAGAUGAAGGGUGAGUUUAAGCAACUACGUUCGUUUCUUGAAAAAUUGGAAAAAGAGCUGCUGAAGCAGAUGGAAUUGGUGGAGACUGAGAUUGUGAGGAAAAGGGAUGAGCAGCUGGCCAAGCUCUCCAGGGAACUCGACCCUCUUCCAAAUAUCAUCCGGGAGCUGGAGGAAAAGCUUCAGCAGCCCCCCAGUGAACUCCUGCAGGGUAUUAGAAGCACUUUGCAGAGGCACGAAGGGAGACAGACAUUUGAGGCUACAAACAUUUUCCCUCCUGAAUUGAUGUGGGAAGUUUGGGAUGUCCGUGAUAUAAAUCCAAUUCUGGAAGCUGUCAUAGAGCAGUUCAAAGGCGGUCUAACAUCAGAACUCUCUCUGCGGAAAGUAGCAAGUGUAACUCUGGACCCAGACACUGCUCAUCCCCACCUGACCCUGUCCGAGGAUCGUCGAAGCGCAAGUUGGGGAGAGGCACAUCGAGAGUUGCCCGACAAUCCCGAAAGAUUUAAUGGACAUGCCUAUGUGCUGGGGUGUGAGGAGUUUACAGCAGGGAGGCACUGCUGGGAAGUCACCGUGGGAACGGAGGAGAUCUGGGCUGUGGGGGUUGCCAGGAAGUCGGUGAGGAGAAAGGGCAUGGUCUGCUUUAGCGCUAAGGAAGGCAUCUGGGGGAUGGGGCAGCUGGAUAGCAAGCCCAGGUCUGCCCGCCGAUCUGUGCCGCUUCCUACUGCGAAGCUGAGGAGGUUCCGGGUGACUGUUAACUAUGCAGGGCGCCAGAUUCUCUUUUUUGAUGCUGAUACAGGAGAUUUACUCACCGCCUUUAGAAAGGCUGAAUUCUCUGGGGAGCCCCUUCUGCCCAUCUUCUGUGUGGGGCCAAACACCUGCCUUGAGCUCCACCCAGUGACACAGUAG